CGUAUCGUAAAUCCGGUUUCAGACUGAAGUCAGUCCUUUUCAACCCGAUAAUAUAUUUAGAAGGUUUUUGUUUCUGUAUUUUUGCGUUUUCGCCAUGAAUGGCCAUCUUUUCCUGGUUGCUUUCUUGGUGUGUUUUUGUUGCGCAGGAGAAGCCUUGGAGGAUGGCGUACCAGUGGAGAUCCUGACCGCUGUUGGCCAUGCGGUCACUCUGCCCUGCAGCGUCACUGUCAGUAAUCAUCAAAUCCCGUCGGUGGAGUGGUCCAAGAAAGAUCUGAAACCCAAACCGAUCGUCUUCCUGUAUCGGAGCGGCUGCGAGACCUUCGAGGAGAAGAAUCCGUCCUUCCAUUAUAGGACAAACCUCUUCAUGAACGAACUGAAGAACGGAAACGUCUCGCUGAGGCUUUCCGACGUGCAGCUGUCCGACUCAGGAACAUACAUAUGCAAACAGAACCAGAUCAAGGGGCCGCCCCGAGAGGUCCUCAGAGUGAAGCUCACUGUGGGUGUGGUUUCAGAGCCCAAACUCUCCGUUGUUCCCGCUGCGGCUGACGAUGACGAUGACGGCGUGACUCUGCAGUGUGAAGCCAUCUGCUGGUUCCCACAGCCUGUUAUAACGUUUCACGACGCUCUGGGAAACACCAUCAGUGCUAGAGACCCAAAGAAUUAUCAAGAUCCCCGAGGAUGUUUCAACAUCACAAAGAGAGCAACCGUGAAGAACAGCAACAGUAUAUCUAAAAUGUACUUGUUUAAUUUCUGCAUAAUCUUUAUUAUCAUUCCAGAUGACUGCAUGAAAUCCUGCACUAUAAUCACCGCCACGGCUGCCAGUCUUAUUGCAAUUAUAAUUAUAUUGGCAUCAUGUGCAUCAAAUGUCUACUUGUACAAGAAAUGGAAAAACUCAGGUGGGGGGCAUAAAUUGCUUAAGACAAAAUUGUCAAACGACAGCAGCAUCAGCAAUGCCUCUACUGAGCAUCUGAGAGAAAUUGCUGAGCUGAAGUCGAACCUGCAUGACAAAGAGGAAAUCAUCGGCAGACUAACUGGAGAACUGAUUAAGCUCAGAUCAAAUCAGAGUCUGGUUGUGUGCGGGCAUGGCGGGCCUGCAAUUGACAGCAGUCCUUCCAAAUCUUCUCCGGACGUCUCCAAACCAAUCAGCUCACUCCGAGACAAGACGCCCCACAACAACGAUCCAAGACCAGCAGCUUCAACCAGCAGCUACCAACCAAAUCCCGACACUUUACCCAAGAUUAAAGAUUCGAAACCUGCCGUCUCAUUCCAGAUCCCAGCACUGGGCUCCCACAUCCAAAAAGACGGUCACAACCACAGCAGUCCUGCUCUGUUCCCAGACUUUAGUGCCGGGGCGUCUUCACUCUUCGCUCCCGAGAAAACGCACCUUGGCCGUUCAAAGAGCGUGAGCGAGUCUCCAAACAAACUUGCGCAGGUCCAGCGCAGAUGCACCAUCUCAUUCCCGUCCAAUAACCGAUUCAACCCUUUGGCAAAGUUAUCUGAAGAUGAAGUGGAGCAGUUGCUGUGAAUAAGAAAAGAGGAGAAGUGACGGACUCAAAUCAGUCAGGUCAUACUCAACUCAAUUACAUUUUACAGACUUCCUUUGUCGUUUGACCCUCGCAGCAGACACAGAAAAAAAAAGAAACCCCAGGUACCCGUUGUCGAUCAGAGCCAGUUCCCAGCUAGUGCCCAAGUGCUAAUGGCUCAUUGGUUUUCCACCGCCAAAGAACCGGCUCCCGGUCGGGAAAACGGGUUCCACAGCGGCACCAACUCUUUGCUGGUCUUGAACCUCGAAUCGCUAUGUCAGGGACUGGGGGCGGGGCAAAAACCACCUCAAGUUUUAAAGUUUUAGCCAAUUUUGGUGUUUCCAUCAAGCUUUUCUCAUACGAAUCUUCAAAAUACAGAGAAAUGCAAAAUUAUUUUCUUUUAAUAUAACGGAAAUUGGGGACACAGUGCCUAAAAAAACACAAGAAUAAUGAGUCAAAGCGGACAAAGCCUUUCCAAAAACGAGAGAAACAAGGGGCCAGGAGGCAUUGUGUCAUGAUACCAAAGUUAUGACUUUGAUUCAAUAAGCUACUUAAAUAUCUUAAUGCCACAGCAAAAACCUAAAACAUCAGGAAAAGUCAUGGAAUAAGAGGUGACUGAACAUGGAUUUUAAAUGUUAAUAUGAAGCCGUUUUCAGUACUUUUGUCAAGGCGAUAAGGUCUUUACAUGUACAU